CCCCUCCGCUCUCUCUCUCACUCUCUCUCUCUCUUUUUUUUUUUAUCGCAAGUAGGAAGCUUUUUGCACUCCACCACCUCUGGCCGCUGGGAAGACGUCAUCGCUUCCGCCCCACUUCCUCCUCCCGUUGGCGGCGGUGAGAAUCCAAUAUGGAGUAAAAUCGGUGGAGCGGAGAGAUGGGGCUCGGACGGGGCGCCCUGCACCGCCUCCCAGGCGCACCUCCCCCGGCCGCCGACCGCUCCCCGGAACCGUGAUUGGCCCGCCCGCCCCCACCCUCCGGGGGCGACCCCGGACCGAGCCCCCGCCCGCCCGCGGCCGGCCGGCCCCCGUCUCCUCCUCUCGCCAGCCUCCGCCGCUCCACGGCGCGCUGGUGUUUUUUUUUUUUUUUUUUUUUUUCCUCCCUCUCCUCCCUCCCCGCCGUCCCCAGCCCCAGCCUCUCCCCCUCCGCCCGCUCCCGAGCCCCGGAGCCCCCGGAGCCCCCGCCCGCCGCGCCCCUCGGCGCCGCGGCGCCCCCGAUCCUCCCGCAGCAGCUUCUGCCUUUGCACCGCUUCCCCCACCGCCACCACCGGGCGCCCGGCCGUGCAGCUUCCCCUUCUGCCUCCUGCGACGCCCCCUCCGCCUCCGGCCGCCCCCCCUCCCCAGCCGCAGCGGGCCAUCUCCGGAGAUGUGAGGCAGGGGGGCGAGCGCGCAGGAAGAUGAAGGGAGCGAGGCUGCCCGCCGCGGGACAGGCGUCUAGGUGAACAGGAAAAUGACCGAGGACACACACCCGGACGAUGACAGCUAUAUUGUGCGCGUCAAGGCUGUGGUUAUGACCAGAGAUGACUCCAGCGGGGGAUGGUUCCCACAGGAAGGAGGCGGGAUCAGUCGCGUGGGGGUCUGUAAGGUCAUGCACCCCGAAGGCAAUGGACGAAGCGGCUUUCUCAUCCAUGGUGAACGGCAGAAAGACAAACUGGUGGUGUUGGAAUGCUAUGUCAGGAAGGACUUGGUCUACACCAAAGCCAACCCCACCUUUCAUCACUGGAAGGUCGACAAUAGGAAGUUUGGACUUACUUUCCAAAGUCCUGCCGAUGCGCGAGCCUUUGACAGGGGAGUGAGGAAAGCAAUUGAAGACCUUAUAGAAGGCUCAACCACAUCUUCCUCCACAAUCCACAAUGAAGCUGAGCUUGGUGAUGACGACGUUUUUACGACAGCUACAGACAGUUCUUCUAAUUCCUCUCAGAAGAGGGAACAACCGACCCGGACAAUCUCCUCCCCCACGUCCUGCGAGCACCGGAGGAUUUACACCCUGGGCCACCUCCACGACCCCUACCCCCCGGACCACUAUCACCUCGAACAGCCGCUGCCCAGGCCGUACCGCCAGGUGAGCUUCCCGGACGACGACGAGGAGAUCGUGCGCAUCAACCCGCGGGAGCGGGUGUGGGUGACGGGCUACGAGGACUACCGGCACGCGCCCGCGCGGGGCAAGGCGCCCGGCCCCGCCGACGACCCCGACGCCUACGUGCGCUUCGCCAAGGGCGAGGCGCCCAAGCACGACUACACCUACCCCUACGUGGGCGCCCCGGACUGCGGCCUGGGCCUGGGCGAGGACCCCAAGGGGCGCGGGGCCGGCGUGAUCAAGACGCAGCCGUCGCGGGGCAAGGCGCGGCGGCGGCCGGAGGAGGGCGAGCGCUCCCGCUGCGAGUACUGCAGGGACCUGUUCAGCCACGAGGACAACCGGCGCGGCCGCUGCCAGGACGCGCCCGACGCCGCCAGGACUUGCAUCCGCCGCGUGAGCUGCAUGUGGUGCGCGGACAGCCUGCUCUACCACUGCAUGUCGGACCCCGAGGGCGACUACACGGACCCCUGCUCCUGCGACACCAGCGACGACAAGUUCUGCCUCCGGUGGAUGGCCCUGGUCGCGCUGUCCUUCCUGGCGCCCUGUAUGUGCUGCUACCUGCCCCUGCGCGCCUGCUACCACUGCGGCGUGCUGUGCAGGUGCUGCGGCGGCAGGCACAAAGCGGCCGCCUGACUCCACGCUCCUCCCUCCCUCCUCCCUCCCCGCCAGGAGGGACCGUGUCUCCCGCACACGUGUAGCCUCCCCCCUGCUCCUCCCUGGGGCGCCAUUCCAGCCCGGGGGACCCUCCUGCGGGCUCUGCACCUCCCAGCCACCCAGCCAUCCCUGCGCACAGUGUUCUAAAGAAAGGAACCCCCUCCAUCCCCCGCCGCGUAGACUCGUGUAUUGAUAAUCUGUAAUCAAGCUAACUGUCUCAUCCCUGUGUUGAUUCCCUGCCCACCUCCCUCUUCUAAUUCAAAGGCCCCUGCCAUCUGAACGGCUGCUUUUUUUUUUUUUUUUUUUUUCGCUUUUUUUAAAUGGGUCUUGUAGUUGGUUUUUCCAGAGCAUCGAAGGCUAUCUUUGUCUAGGCUCAGCUUGCCAGUGGCUAACCAGCAUUACCUGGAAGUGUGAUGUCAGAAGGAGGAAACCCCAACCAGAAGUAUUUUAACCCCAGGGUAGCUGUGACGUCUAGGAGGCGAGCUAGUGGACAGACUUCUACCGUCCAACAAGGCCGCCCUGACUUUUCUAAAGCUGAUCUUCCCCCCUGUGAGCCGCCGUUUCCGUCUCCAGCCCAUCAUCGUUUUCCGCCCCCCUUCCCUGCCCCCCAAACCUGCCAGUUCUUCAGGAGGCAGACAUUUCACCCCUAAACAUGACUAUGAAUUGAGCCUUAACUUCAGAUUCACUUGGGAGAAUCAGGAAAACUCCUUCCACGGCAUCACAUCCUCUCUAGCCAGGGCUAGAAAAGGAGAGUUCCGGUUCCCCUGAGUCUCCCCCGUUCCCCCUAAGGUAGAACUUUUUAAAAUUGUGUCGCCACCACUUCCAAAAAAAUUUAGCAAUAUUGGGAGAAAAAUGCUAAUCAGUAAAUUUGCUUGCUGUUUUGGAAACCAAAUACUCUCUCUUUAAACACAAACCGGUGUUGGAAACACUAAGGUUCCGGUCAAUAUAAAACGGAAGGAGCUCCCCUCUCCCCACUGAGGGUUUUCCGCUCACCGGCGGGGGGAGUGUUAAAUGAUGUAAAUCUGAGGAGUGGUGGGCUGCAUUUCGCACGUGGGUUUGUGUUCUUCUUUUGGACUCAAUGUCACGCCACCGAAUUCUUCAUUUAUACUUAGGAAAAAACAAGGCCAUAUGUAAAAACCCCUCCGAUGCCUAAGUGUCUUUCUCCUGCACCUCCAAACCCAGACUGGCCACUUGGUGUGCACACAUGAUUGAGUCAGCAGACUAGGGCCUACCUGUCGCCUUGCCACAUGUGGGAGGCUUCGAAUUAGCUGGAAAAGAUUUAUUUUUCUAACCUAUCGCAAGGAAUCGCCAAAUCUGAGGGCAGGGAGAAGGCACGUGCAGAGUGGUGGACCUGAGCCCAGCAUAGGACAAUCAGGAGGACGUGGAGAACCUAGGGCAGGUUUGUCCAACACUGUUCUUCCCGCCACGAUCUGCCCGCGGCAACUGCUCGCUGAGGGCAUGGCCUGGUCCCUCACCCCUCGCUUCCCCCGCCCUUCUCUAUUGCACACAGGACACACCAGUCUUCAAGGGAAGGGACUUUUGCCCCCGUCUUCCCAUCGUACUGGGAAAGUGCUAGCCACGCUUACCUUCAUGGAAUGCUUUCAGCUCUCCCGAGAAGCCCGUCGAAAUUUCUUGAGUCAGAUCGCCAGUGCCAAUGCCCGCUGUGCUCCUGAGUUAGUCAGUAGACGUUUUCAUUGGUUGGAGUGCCUGGUUGGGCCUUCCGGGCUGGAAAGGGACCGGAGAGGGUUGUCAGACAGGUGAUGGGAGGAAGGAGCAUUGCUUCCCUGCCCGGAGAACAUCUCGCCAAACCGCAGCCAGCCUCCCAAGGUUGUGGAGAGACCACCCCCACGCCCCACGGUCUUUCUCAAGGUCUCCUCUCUACAAAGCACAACACUAAUGUAUGUUUCGUUAGACCUCGGUUCCAGUGCCCCUAUUUAUUUCAGUGAGAAUACCCCAGCAGCUUUCUGUCCGUCUGCCCUCGCUGGUCUGUUUCUUCCUUCACCCCCUGACCUGGUCCACCUAGUGAAUCUGACUCCGCCCAUGCUUGUUGGUUUGUGAAGGCCGCGGUUCAGGGCCCAGGGCAGCCGUGGGGACAUGUAUGUACAUACGUCCCUCUCUCAUCGCCACACUGCAGCUGGACAGUGUGCAGUAUUCCCCCAGUCAGCUCUGCCAUACUGACGUCCAUCAUUGGAGAGAAACUAUUCAGAUUUUAUUUUUGUAUCUGUGGUAACAACACAUUAACCAAAAGAUUAUCUGUUUGGAAGCUUCUCCCGACAACGCCCCUCUAGGCUAUUUGCUCACAUUAACAAAUUAAAGUGCCUGAAGCAUCAUUCAUUCUUGACCUGUAACUAAAAAACCCUGUUGUAUGGAUUUUUUUUUUUUUAUAAUAACCCUUUUUACCUCCGUGUAAAGAAUAUAUAUACAAGUGUAUGAUGUACAUUUUAAGUUCUUAACUCUUUUUUUUUAUGGUUUCUAAUAUGUAUGACCAAUGUAGCCAUUGCUUUAAACUGUAAAUAUAAACACAUCCUACGAGA